UUCUGUUGCUUCCUCAACCAGCUGUUUCCUCUUUUUUUUCCAGUAUUUGUGAGGCAAAGGCGCCAUGACAUCAGCUCUAUUAUUUUUUGGAAAUUCCACACUUGCCUUCUAAUCUGACUGACUGGCCCCUGUCCCUAUAAAAAGCAAGGACUGAGCCAGCACCUCGCAAAAGGCACAGGAGGAACCUGCUCUGGUCCUGCUUCUGCUCUUGCAGCUUAUCCCUGUCCAGGAUGAACACCUCCACACUCUGCCUCUCUGUCAUCCUGGUUGCUGCCCUCUUUUCUCAGGCCUUUCCUGCUCCAUUGGGAUCUGACACAACUCCGUGCUGCUUCAGCUACACCUCACGAAAGCUGCCCCAGAGUCAUGUGCAGGAGUAUUUCUACACCAGCAGCAAGUGCUCCCAGCCAGCAGUUGUGUUUGUGACCAGGAAGAAGCGGGAGGUCUGUGCUGACCCUGAUGCCAGGUGGGUGAAGGAAUAUGUGAACAGCCUGGAGCUGCAGUGAGCACUGGAAGCUGAGAAGUCCUGUCAGACCAUCCGUCAGAGCUUGGCACAGACCUAGAAAUGCUACUGCCACGCACCAGGACCUGCUGAGCCACCUUGGGACUCCUGAAGUCCAUUCCAAAGGUGUCAUUUAUAUGCAAUAAUUCAGCCACACUUAGGGCAGCCGUGAGGCUGAAGACCUCCUGGCCUUGCAGACCCAUCUUAGGCCCUUCUGUGUGAUGUGGCUAAACUGAGCUCCACCUUGUGCCUCCACUGCUAGAAUGGGAGGGGGAUUUCAUCCCAGAGCUAGGUUGGAAUUAGGCCUGAGUGCUGUCCUGUAAGCCCAGGCUGAGUUUUGCCUGCUGAAUUUUGUAGCGGUGCAGUAGAUGCUGUGGGUAACAUCUGCGCCUAGAGAAGGAAGUGGUACCCUGGUUUCUUACAGGAUGCUCGUUGUGGAACCGCAGUGUUCGGGCUUAUUCUCAAACCACUGUUUUGUGCUGGUGCCAAAGAAUAAAGUUGUUUUCCCUCUGUGU